UAGAAAAGGGCUUUAAAGAAAAAAGCCUUAUAAAAUCGGAUUGUUUUUUUCCAGUUCCAAUACAGAUAGAAAAAUCAGAAGGCGGAGAGAGGGAGGUUUCCGUAGCUGAGAAAACGAUACAGCCAUUACUAUCUACUGCCGAAGAAUAUAUGGAUUCUGAUUUGGACUCCUUUGAUGAUAUACUUCUUGAACCAGCUGUUGCCCAUGCUAGGGCUGCUGGGAAGUUUCAACCAAGGGCUAAGCCACGAGCAAGGAAGAUAACAUCCACAUCACUUCCUUCUGUGCUUCCAAGCAAUACCAGGGAAAAGUCUGAUUCAUCAUUCCCAACUACCUUGGACACUACAAAACCUGUUCAGUCUGUUAAUCCACUGGAUGAUAGAUUGAUAAGUCCAGUUGAUUCUUCUUUGGUUUUACCAUCGAUAGUACUUGGGAGUGAAGAACUCUUGGAAAACAAUAAAAAUAACCUGAAAUGUGAACCAUUGAACUCUUCAACCCAAACUGUUGGAAGAAGAGAGGAUCUAGCUUCUCCAGACUCUCUGCCUUCAGAGUUUGUGGUGACUGAUAGCAGCAACAAUGGAUAUUCUAACUUCUUGUUCAUAGAGGCAGGUUCCUCUAGGCUUGAUUUGGAUCCUGUUGAUGUCGUUGUUCCUGAUACUACUUCAAGUAAAGAGGUACAAAAUUUUGCCUCAAAAACUUUGAAGCGUUCAGAUGAUUCAAAUGACCAUUUCAUUGCAAUAAUUCCCACUAGCUCUGAUACAGCAGAAUCUCUUCAUUCUGUAGAUGUUACUGGUAAUGGAUCUAAGGUACCAGUAUCUUUGUCCAUGACUACCUUGGAUGUGGCUGGAGAACCUUGGAAAGACAAUGAUCGGUUGUCCCCGCAUGAAAAGGGGAGCUCGGUAACAUCAAACCUCUCGCCUGCAAGGGCAGAAAAUGCUGGUUCAGUGGCUGCAUCAUUGGAUGGUAAUGGUGAAUUGAAUUCUAGCCUCUUGAAAUCAGUAGAAGAUGUAGAUUCCUUGGGGUUUGAUUUGGAUCAACCAGAUAUUAUGUUUCCUGAAUGCCAUGCAAGUGACUCUAGGGCUGGUAAAAAAUUUCAACCGAAGGUUAGAUCCCAUCGCAGAAAGGAAAUAUCUGGAUCAUCAAUGGAACAACCUGCUACUGUUGCCGCUGUUAAUUCUCAUACAACACAACCUGUAGAGUCUGUUCUUACCAUGGAUAAACCUGUGGACCCAGUUUGUCCAUCCUCACCUAACCUGGACAAUGAGAGUAACGAGCCAUCAAAAGAAAAUGAAGUUUUACUUCCUCAUGACAACAAUUUGGAAUUAGUCAGUCCCUCAUCAAAAGAAUUCAUGCCCAAAGGGGAUAUGAGCUCCAAAGAAGCUUAUCUUGCAGGGUUAGAUUCCAACUUUGGUCAAAAGCCUUCUGGUGUUGCAGAUUCUCCAAUAGAGGUCAACUCGUUAGGGCUUGAUUUGGACCCUUUUGCUGAUAUUGUUCUCCCACCAGCUAUAAGCAAUGCGAGGGCUGGUGGAAAAUUUCAACCUAGAGGGAAGGCCCGGCCUCGAAAGGUAACAUCUGAGUCAAAUUCUUUUGCUGUAUCCGGUGCUACGGUGGAAGGGCCUGCUAGUGUUGUAUCCACUGUCUCAGAUAACCUACAGUCUGCUAAAUUUAUUGAUGUUGGAGAUGGUAGAUUGAUGGAUUCAGUUUAUUCAACUUUAACUACCAUGAAAAGCAUGGAAAGCAAAGAGGCAUUGAGAAAUGAUGACUGCACAAAUUCUGGAGUUCUAUUGUUCAAGGUUGACAGAAGUUCAGGAUUAGAGAAUUCUUCCCAUUUAGUUGCCUCUGAUGCUUUGCAUAUAGGUGAUAUUGAUAGAGAUCCACAUUCUGGGUUGGGAAAAUCAAUUGGUGAAAAUGCAGACAUAUUUUCAGGGCUGGAAUAUAUUCAUGAUUUUGUUACCCAAUCCCCGAGGACAGAAAUUCCACUUCCUGCUUCAAGUGAUGGAACAGAGGAACAUUCUAGAUUUCCAGCUCAAAUUUCCGUUAAUUCUUCAGCACCUGGUGCAUGCAAUGAGGCAACUGAAAAUGUUGUGACUUGUAAUGAAGCGGCUGUUGAGAUUGAUAAUGGGAAGCCACAGUCAGAUUUUCAGGAACCAGGGUCCUUCCCUGACUUUGAAAGUCCAGGCAUUUUGUCCGAGUCUGCCAUUGCAUUGGAAUGCUGUACCAGGAACACCCAGCCAAAAUCCAUGGUACAAAAUGGCAAAGAGAUACCUAGUACUAGCAUUCUUCCAGAUGCAUCUCCACCAAACACUCAGAUUGAUCCUUCUGAAUCUGUGUACAUUGAUGUAGGCUCCAUUCCUACCUUCCCAUCGGAGGAUGUUCUUGAUUAUUCAUCCAUUAGCUUUGGCAAUUUUAUUCCUGCGGACCCUACUAGGUCUGAGUUUCCAGUGAAUGAAGAACGAACAAACCUGGCAGAAACUUCUUGCUCCAGUGACUUAAAUAUUUUGCACCACGAAGAUGUAUCUACAGUGCCUGCAAAGGAGAGUUCUAAGGAUAGGAAAAGAAAGUCUUCUUCAGCAUCAUAUCUUGCUCAGAAUGAAAGUGUCAAAUCAGCAAGGCAACUGAGGAAAAGGACCAUUGCUUCACAAGUUGUUGAUGGGCCAGAGGAUGAAGCUCAGGAUAGUGAUGGCUUCCCUUCUGAACAUCGUAAUAGUUCUAUAGCAGACGGUGAUAUUGAUUAUGACUACAGAGUGGAUGAAGAUAACGAUAAUGAAGAUAAAGUGGAAAAUACAUCUAGCAGUAGAAGAGCUUCAAAAAAGUCAAAAAAACCUAUGGCUGAACAGGAAAAGAAACCUGUUAGUAGACGUAAGAGGAAAAAUGAUGCACCGGAACAGCCAAAUCAACAGUCACGCAAGAAGUUUUCUCAUUCCACUCGACGGAAAAGCAGAUUAAAAGAUUUGCUUAGCAUACCAGAGGAUGAAAUUGAUUACCAGAAGAUGCCUUUCAAAGAUAUUAUUUUGCUUGCUGGGUACAAGGAGGAUUUAGCUAUUAAAGAGGCAAAAGCUUCUAAGAAUUCAACAAAGAAAAGCAGUACAAAUUCUUUACAUGGGGAAGAAGAAGAUGAUACUGUCACUUCAGAGCAAGAUGGAGGCGUUGCUGAUGAUCAAUCAAAUUCCUUGUUUAAUUGCCAUUCUUUCAUGGAUAAAACACCAACUGCAAGAUGGUCAAAACAAGACACAGAGUUGUUUUAUGAGGGAAUUCGGCAAUUUGGGACUGAUCUGUCAAUGAUACAACAACUUUUCCCCGGGCGAACGCGUCAUCAAAUCAAGUUGAAAUAUAAGAAGGAGGAGCGUCAACAUCCAUUAAGGCUCUCUGAAGCCCUGAGCAAUCGUGCUAAAGAUCAUUCGUAUUUUGAAAAAGUGAUGGAGCAGCUGCAACAAGUUGCUGCCCAGGAAGAACGGGAAUCUAACAGGGGCAACUCUGUCAGUUUGACUGACGAUGAGGAGGCCCAGUUGAAUCCUGAAACUAAUGAAGAAGUGGCAAAAUCUGAUGAGCAGGAUGAAGAUGUAACAGUUGAUCAGGAUGGAGACCCUUUGAAGUAUGAUGAGGAUGAUGAUGACUUUGAUAUAUGGGGCUCAUAUAAGAGUGAAUAUUGAUUAUAAGGUUGAAGAUGAGCUUUUUUCUGUAAAUUGCCGUUUCUUCCCCUUAAUGUUAUUUUUCACGGGUAGUAUAUGUUUGUACUUAUUUAAUUAGUGCAUGGUCAAAAUUUUCUGGCUUAUGGAAAUAUUGUCCAAAUUCAUUAACAAAAGUUUCUCUUUGAUCA